AUGAAAUGGUGGCGUCUCAUGCUGGAAGAACGGCUGAACGCUACGUGUUGGAUCCUGCUCCUCGCCGGCAUGACGAAGAGCGUGAGUCAUCUUCACGUCCAGCUAGACGCCACGCCUGGAAGCACAAUUGGGGAAUUCGCCAGCGUCCUUAAGCAGUUGCUAUCCCCUGUGCUACUCCAAAACUUAGAGAAUCUCGAGGUUGAGUGCGUGGAUAAAGACUUCGAUAUCGAAUACUGCAUCGAAGUAUUCCUCCAACUCCCGAGACUGAGGGGGCUCGAACUGAGCUAUGUUCCCUUCGACCGCUCAAUGGACCCGGACCGUUGGCUGGGCCGUUGUCUUUCAAAAGACAUAAAGGCGAUAUCCGAUCUGGAAGAGCUCACGCUCAACGGGCGCUGUAGUACUUACUUUCUCGGCCGCCUGUUCCGUCGCUUCAAAGCCCUCCGCUCCUUCACAUACCGGCCAUUCCCCGAACAGAACCCAUCCUACAGGGACUUGGACCGUAUUUGGCGCUCACUGGCGCUUCUAAAGCACUCACUCGAACGCCUGCACAUCGAAUUUCCGGCACCAGAUGGCACAUAUUACUACGUUUGGCCGCGCCACAUGAUGCAGUACCCUAAGCUCACCGACUUCUGCCUUGUCGGCCGUUUCGUCCUCGACCCGAGCCUCUCAGAUGGUGGCCCCGAUCACUCCUACGUGCCGCCAAAUGUGCAGGUGCUCUCAUUCGCGUCGCACAAUGCGACCGUUCGGCUGAUUCCGCCCAACCGUACUAACACUACCGAGGACGUUAGCGAGAAUAUUUCGCGGUUUGUGCAAAACUUGAAGGAACUUAGGCUAAUGCUCAAGAGGUUGACUCUUACGAAGGGCUCUGGGCCGGAAGAGCAAUGGUAUGAUUUGGUGAUGAGGAUGGAGAAAAUUGGUGUCGAACUGAGGGAGUGGACUGAGGAGGAGGAGAGGAUGUUUACGGAGCGGCGUGAUGCGGCAUUUAAGGCUACAUGA